AUGGCGCUUUCUAAGUGCGAUGCCGUGGUGAACCCGCCUUUCGAGUCGGGUGUGCUGUUCCCCUGGAUUCCAUCUGCCAUGAACGUCGCCAAAGUCAACAAUGGCACAAGCGCGUCUAGCGGAGACUAUUACGUCGAUCUACAGACCGCCGUUGGCAACCGUGGCAAUACUAUAUCUCAAUCUUUGAAACAUCUCGAGCCUCGCACAGAAUAUAUGUUCGGCGUAUAA